UUUUUUAAAAAUUCCCGCUUCCGGAUCUCUCUUUUUCCCCACGGACGCAGCUGCUUCUGGAUCCUCUCGCUGGAAGAUCUUAGUGCUGCACUGUUUGUCUGAGACAACCCAUGGAGGAUCAAAACCCCAGAUUUUCCCACCCUGGGAUGUGGCCAACUAUGACCCGUGAUAUCAUCCAGGUGUUACGGGAGGCGCGUGUGAGUUCCUUACGUGAUACCAUGCGAAGUCCCUCAGCGAUUUCCAGAGAUUGCUUACCCAGAAAACUUCCAGCCCAGCCGAAGACGGGACUUAAGCGGUUUCAUCCGGAGGAGGCCCAAGGGGAAGCCGAAGACAAAGAAGAGGAGCAAGACAACAGCUCAGAAGCUGCGGAGAGCGACGGUCUUGCUCGCUGGUCCCCUGGGUUGGGCCGAGGCCUGAUGCCUCCCACUAAAUCAGUCAAACUCCUUCCGGGACAAGGCCCCUUUGCGCAAGAGGAAAGCCACCGACAGAUUCUAGGGGGUGAUGGCAUGGAGUGGGACUGGGAGACGUUUAUAAGUAGCCACCAAGAAAGGCCGCAGAAUGGUUAUGAGGGGGGAAAGGAAGCCGACAGAGGGACGAAAACGGGAGAAGGGGUGGUGUCCGGCAUCCAAACCCAUGGAAUUUUUUCCCUGGGGGAUGUGACGUUUUGCCGCAGCAGGGCUGUACAGAAAGAGUCCCUGCCCUUAUCGCAGUCCAAGGAAGAGGAAGGGGACCAGGCCGGAUUUUGGUGCAGACCAUCUUGGCGUCAGUCCCGGGUCCCGGCCUUUUGGCGGUUUCCACCCUGGGGCCAGAGAGCUGGGGCGGUGCUGGACUUAUCACAGCGCAAUCCCCAAAGAGCUUCAGGGGCCCUGGACUUAACACAACGCAGAUUGGGGGGCCAGGUGGCCCUGGGUUCAUUGCAGUGCAAAUCUGAGGGCCAGAUAGGUGAGAGGGCCAUGGACAUAUCGCGGCCCAGACCCCAGGACCCAAUAGCUCUAGAAGCUCCUGCCUUUCCAGAGUACAGAGCCCAGGACCAACUCCUUGGAGGUCCCCUUGACUUAUCAAGGCCCAGACCCCAGGGCCCAACAGCUGGAGAAGCUCCUGCCCUUCCAGAGUACAGACCCCAGGGCCAACUCCUUGGAGGUCCUCUUGACUUAUCACAGCCUAGACCCCAGGACCCAAUAGCUGGAGAAGCUCCUGCCUUUCCAGAGUACAGACCCCAGGGCCAACUCCUUGGAGGUCCUCUUGACUUAUCAAGGCCCAGGCCCCGGGACCAGAUAAAUGGAGGCACACCUGACUUACAACAGGCAGCCUGGAAUCUGUGCGUGUCCUUUGUAGGGUACCAUAUACAAAGAUGGUGCUAUGUACUGCUGCCACUACUGCUUAUGCUGCAAUUUCUACAUCAUCAUCGCCGUAUUUAAGAUGUCAUCCACAUCUGAUCCUGCCAGGCAGUCCCGAUGUAGCAACAUGAUUUUCAGCCUUUAUAUUGGGGUGGGGGUUGGGAGCGUGUUGCAUUGUUGAAGCCCAAGUUUUAAAAUUAAAGAGGAGGAAUGGUGGGUUAGCAUAUUUUAUUUUUUAAAAAAAACUUUUAUCAACUUCACCUGCCUAAGCUAACCUCUAAAUAACCAGAACUCUUUCAGUGGGGGAAUAUAUGUAUUUUUCCUCUGAAGAAGUCCAGUAAUCGGUACGAAGGUCAAGGAAUGGUUUCACUUAAAUUGCCUGCAAUCAAGAUAUAUAUACUGUAGCUUGUCUCUCCUCUGCUGCUUGCUCCUUGUACAUUUCAUAGGUUCUAUGUGAAGAUUAUGUGAAUGAUAUAUUUGUGCAAAGUUUAAAAGGCAAGGCCUGUGAGAUGUCCUAGUUGUUUUUAAAAGGUGGUUAUGAAUAAAUGUUAUCCUAAUAAACAGACAGAUUCAUCAA